CCCCACCCCCUUCUUAAACCAAAGAUUCGAGUCUUCAACAAUCACUCACUUUUUCUCUUCAAUAAUCAAUCUCUCCCGAUCUCUCUCAAUCUCUCUCCGAUCUCUCUCUUAGUAAUGGCGUUAAGAUCUCUGGAUAAUGCUUUACCUCUUCCAACUACAUCAGAGAGACCCAAAAAGCAAGCAAAAGUAACAAUCCCGACCCAGAAACAAUCCGCCGACGAGAACACGGUUCCAUUGCCGGAGACGGAGACGGCGGCGGCUACAGAUGCUUCUAUCGAUUACAUAUCUUCCGAAAAUCUCAAUUCUUUAACAGACCCAGAUAUCAAAAUCCAGACUCUAAUUGAUGAAUUGGAGUCUAAGGAUUGGUUGAAGGUCUGCGAUUCUCUCAAUGACGUUAGACGAUUUGCGCUCUUCCACUCCAAUCUACUGCUUCCAAUUCUGGGAAGAAUCAUGUUGAUUCUGGUGAAGACAUUGAAGAACCCAAGAAGCGCUUUAUGCAAAACAUCAAUCAUGACUUCAUCUGAUAUAUUCACUUCUUUUAACCAAGUUUUACUUAAUGAUCCCACCAUUUCAGAUUCAUUUGAUGCACUGCUUCUUCAGCUGUUAUUGAAAGCUUCACAAGAUAAGAAAUUUGUAUGUGAAGAAGCUGAUAAAACACUGAACAUAGCAGUGAAAUCCAUGUCUCCUUUACCUCUUCUUCACAAACUAAGGACUUACGUCACUCAUUCUAACAUGAGAAUCAGGGCUAAGGUUGCAGUUACAAUCUCAAACUGCAUCUCAAAGAUGGGAGUAGAAGAAAUGAAAGAAUUUGGGUUGCAGCCGAUGAUCAAGCUGGCUGCUGUUUUGUUAAACGACAGGCUGCCCGCGGCUAGAGAAGCUGCUCGUAGCAUUGUGAUGUCUGUAUAUGGUUCGUUUACAGCAGGGAAGGAAGAAAAAGAUGAAGAAGAAGAAGAAGAAAAGGAAGAAUCUUCUUGGCAAGUGUUUUGUCAAUCCAAUUUGACUGCCAUUGAUGCACAAUCCAUGAUCAAGAUCGUUUCUUUAUCCAAGCAGUAAUCAAUCUAUCUAUCAGGAAAACAACCCAUUUUCUCUUAUUUCCAUCUUUUUAUAUGCAUCAGAUUUCCAUUGUGUUUCCUAAAAGCCUGAUUUAAAUGGCUAUGUUGUUUGUUAUAAACUGUCUUUUGUU